CUCUUCAACACAACAGUAGCAAACAAGCCAACCGCCCACAGCUCGGAUACCAUGUCUGUGUUCUUUACGGUGCGCCAUCAAAAGAGUGAAGUGGAGUGACUGAAAGACACCAAAAACAAUAAUCACUACUCUCGCCACUCGCAUUUAUCCGGCUCCGUUUUAUAGCUAAGCGCAGCAAAAGACGUACACGUAGACAGGUAUCUGUCUGGUUGCGUUUUUGAUAUCGGUGCAAAUAUCGCAGCUUUCGGGGAGACGGAAAGAGUUAUUUCUUUCGUCGUUGGUACACGCAGUAGUUUCGGUUUUCAGUGACCAUCGUUAUGCGAGUGACCAACAUUCGUCGUGGGCGGAUCGCCCGGAUUGCCGUUAUCGUGCUGGUAGUGCUGUUUAUCCUGUACACGAUUGCCACCUGGUCUGGGGUUGACCAUCGGGGGGUGAAGGAUGCGUACAAUGCCCGCUUCACGGGUGGCCGCCCCGGGGAGCAGCAGGCCGAGCAUCCCGACCACAGCAACGUCUUUCCGGUGCUGAUUGAGGGUCUAGGCAAUUUUGAACCGAAAGAGGUGGAACGUCGUGAUGGACCGGGUGAGGCUGGCAAAGCGUACAUUCUUCCAGAGGAUCAGCAGAACCGGGCAUCCGAUGCUGAGAUGGAGUAUGGAAUGAACAUUGUCGUGUCGGACACGAUUUCCAUGGACCGAACGAUUCGAGAUACCCGACUGGAGGAGUGCAAACAUUGGGACUAUCCGCACGAUCUGCCCACUACCAGUGUGAUUAUUGUGUUCCACAAUGAGGGUUUCUCCGUGCUGAUGCGGACCGUGCAUUCGGUGCUGAACCGUUCCCCGAAGCAUGUGCUGCACGAGGUUCUACUGGUUGAUGACUAUUCCGACAAGGAGGAUCUGAAGGAGAAACUGGAGAAAUAUAUCGAACAGUUUGACGGUAAGGUUCGACUGAUUCGUAACGUUGAGCGGGAAGGGCUAAUCCGCACCCGGUCACGGGGAGCGAAGGAAGCAACCGGAGAGGUGAUCGUUUAUCUGGACGCACACUGCGAGGUCAACACCAAUUGGUUACCACCACUGUUGGCUCCGAUCUAUCGGGAUCGAACUGUGAUGACGGUUCCGGUAAUCGACGGAAUCGAUCACAAGACGUUCGAAUAUCGACCGGUUUAUGCCGAUGGGCAUCACUAUAGGGGUAUUUUCGAAUGGGGCAUGCUUUACAAGGAGAAUGAGGUCCCGAAGCGGGAGCAGAAACGGCGCAAGCACGACAGUGAACCGUACAAGAGUCCCACGCAUGCCGGGGGUCUUUUUGCGAUCAACCGAAAGUUCUUCCUGGAGAUUGGCGCGUAUGAUCCGGGACUGCUGGUGUGGGGUGGUGAAAACUUUGAGCUGAGUUUUAAGAUUUGGCAGUGCGGUGGAAGCAUCGAAUGGGUACCUUGUUCGCGUGUUGGCCAUGUGUAUCGGGGCUUCAUGCCGUACAACUUCGGCAAGCUGGCGAGCAAAAAAAAAGGCCCACUGAUUACGAUCAACUACAAACGGGUGAUCGAGACUUGGUUUGACGAGCAGUACAAGGAAUAUUUUUACACCAGAGAACCGCUGGCGCGGUUUUUGGAUAUGGGUGAUAUCACCGAACAGCUGGCGCUGAAGGAACGCCUCCAGUGCAAGAGUUUCCAGUGGUACAUGGAUAAUGUGGCGUACGAUGUGCUCGAUAAGUAUCCCGCUCUUCCGGCCAAUUUGUACUGGGGAGAGCUGAAAAACUCCGGCACGGAAAAAUGUGUGGACGCUCUCGGACGCCAGCCGCCGGCCAUAAUUGGACUGCAGCACUGCCACGGCCAGGGACACAAUCAGCUGAUUCGGCUCAAUGCCGCUGGACAGCUGGGUGUCGGUGAGCGGUGCAUCGAAGCCGAUGGUCAAGGUAUUAAGCUUGCCUUCUGUCGAACGGGAACAGUGGAUGGACCCUGGCAGUACGACGAAAACACUUCCACGUUGCUCCAUAGGACUUAUAAAAAGUGUAUGGGUUAUCAUCCGCAAACGAGAGCGCUGGCUUUGAUGCCUUGCGACGUGCACAACGCAUACCAAUCGUGGAAGUUCCACAGCAUUACUCCGCGCUGGUAGUGUGGGCUAAGCCCGACCAGCAAUAGAACAUUCCUCGUUUGUUAGAAAGUUAUGACUCCUGACGGCUAGAAGCAACUUUGGACACAAUCAACUUUUUCCGUGUGUUAUGAAAGUCAUCUAAAGUAAGCCAGUAGUAAUCCGUCAGUUUGGGGAAUAGCGUGAUUUUUUAAAUUCGUUGAGCGUUUUGUAAAUAUUAUCAUGUUUGGAAAAGUUGAAAUUCUAAGUAGUUGAUGGUAUCUUUCUUUUUUUUUUUUUUUUUUGUUUUGAGUAGAAAAUGUGUAGAACUUGCCAAAAUUACUUAAGUUUGGAUCAGCAACACCAACAUCAAUUACUGUGCGCCAACGAAUUUCGUAGUUUUGUACAUUAUAUCCGGUGGGUGUGUGUGUGUGGUGAAACUGCCGAUCCCAAAACCGACAAAUAAGACAAAUUUUGCAAUAACGACACUCAGAAAGAGGGGACUGCUAGUGCCUUUUUUCUUUUGUUUUAUCAACCUCAAAAUCAGAGAGCGGAUUUCCAUUUUAUUGCCCAGUUUCGUUCAAAGCUCUUCUAUUCGAACAUCUUUUUUUCCGGGCGACAGCAUUGUGGUAGACUAGUUGAGGGGUAGGUUAAAAGCCGUCGCAAAAUAUUAUUAGCUUAGGACGAUUUUGAGCGACGCGUCUCGACAUAAACUGCGAAUCAUUUGGUAGUUCGAUAGGACAAAAUUGACUGCAAGUAUAUCGAAAGUGCAGCGAAAUGGGGGAGUAACGUGAACUGCAGCAAACAAAUCAAUUGUUUAAGACUUCUUACUAUAAAAAUAUCAAAUUAGCAUACUUUUUCUAAUAAAUAAGACAAAAAUAUUGUUAGUAAACUA